AAUCAUCUUCAGUGUGCACUGACUAGCAGCGGUCGGUGGCGGCGGCAUACUCAGUACGUCCCGGGCGGCCAGAGGAACACCUCGUCCGUUUUGAAUGUUCUAGCCAUCACAAACAUCCUCUGUAUUCCGAUAAGCGUCAGCCAUGGCGACAACCUUUUCUGCGUCCGGUGAAGAAGCGAUCAAACACCAUGUAGACCUGGAAUCCUGCCCUUCAGCACAGCGUCCGAGGUGUUCAGAUAUUCUGGAAUUCUUUGAGAUCGAACAGACAGCCAAGGAGAUCAGGGAUGGUGAUUACAAGCGGAUAGCAUUGCAAUUUCCGGACGAACUCCUGCACGAGUCUGUCCCCAUAUAUCGGCUGCUAAAGCAACGAGUCGAUGAGGGACAAGAGAUGUAUGUUCUGGCCGACACGUCGUACGGCAGUUGCUGCGUGGACGAGGUAGCUGCGCAACAUGUGGAUGCAGACUUCAUAGUCCAUUACGGCCAUGCGUGUCUAAGCCAAACGUCAAGACUACCUGUCAUCUACGUCUUCGGAAGGAAGCCAAUCGACGUCCACUCAUGCGUUAAGCAGAUUGUAGAUGUGAUCACUUCCAAUGCCAAGGACGUUUCAUCUGUGCUCAUCCGUCACGAUGUCGCUUAUUCAUAUCGAGCGGGAGAGAUAGUCAAAGAACUUCGAGACAAAAUAGCUGCAACAACGACACGAAUUGUGUAUCAUAAUGUCCCGACGAAGAUGGAGCCUUCGUCACUUCAGUCACAAUCAGAUUCAAGCCCAAUAACGAGCAGGCAUGAAGACAACGAUGCACCACAACCGAAAUACAGCGCAGGUUUGGUAGAGGACGACAGCAUCAUAAUUUAUAUCGGCGGCGAGGGCCUUGCUCUCACAAACAUCCUUAUGACUCACUCCUCGAACGAGGUGUACUCAUACAACCCUGCAACGAAUGUUGUACGACUGGAAUCGGGGCGCACAAACAAGCUCCUGAUGCGUCGCUUUGCCGUAGUCCAAAAGGCGCGGGACGCAGACGUGUUUGGGAUUCUUGUCGGUACGCUUGGUGUCGCCUCGUACCUCUCCGUGAUAACCCACCUUCGCAAUCUUCUCUCUCGUGCUAAGAAGAAGAGCUACACAAUUAGCGUCGGGAAGCUGAACCCAGCUAAGCUUGCCAAUUUCAUGGAGAUCGAGUGUUUUGUGCUGGCAGCUUGUCCCGAAAAUAGCCUCAUCGACUCAAAAGACUUCUUUAAACCCAUCGUCACACCUCACGAGCUUAAGGUAGCUCUGCAGCCUGAGGGUACUUGGCUGGGACGAUAUGUCCUCGACUUUGGCCACCUGAUCACGGAAAAUGAAUACACGGCUCCGCCCACGAAUGAAGCAGUCAAGGAUACAGAAGGUGAAGAAGCAGACCUUGACCGACCCUCUUUCUCUCUCGUUUCGGGGAAGUACAGACAAGCUCGACGAUUUGGAGUCGAAAAAGACAGGGCCGGUGUUAGUGACAGCAGAGAUGCCUCCGCAGUAGUUAUUCGAAAUCAGGAGACCUCGGUAGCAGAAAUCUCGGAUAGUGCUGCUGCUCUGUUCUUGCAAUCGCGGACGUACCGCGGUCUCGAUGCAAGAGUUGGCGAGGACAUACCGAGCGUGUUAGAGCAGGGAAGGAGCGGGACUGCUCGUGGUUAUACUAACGAACUCCCUCCCCCGAGCGUGUAGGGCCUGCCUUUCCUUGUGCUCUGCAUUAAAUGCUUGCAUUCUAGGUAGCGGGAACCUUUAUUUUCGACAGCAUUCUCGACCCACGUACAGAAAAAAUAGAAAUACAGCAACCAAGAAGUCGUGAACCCGUGAAAUGUGACACUCCUCACGAAUCGCUCUCAUACCUUUUACUUUCCCUCGUGUACGAGGGAGACGAGCCGCUCAUCAUCCGGAGAGACGUCCCAUCCAAAAAGGAUGAAGG